GGAUAGGGAAACUUCAGCAAAUAGAGGAUGGGGUGGGCUUGGAUGUGAGGAAGAGAGGGGUGUGUCAGUUUAAAGCACAUUCCAUGACAGCCAUAUAAAUAUUCAGAUUCAAGAGCGGAGCGAGUAGAGGAAAUAAACAACUUUUGAAAACUUUGACGCUGAGACAUACGAACGAACCUGACGUUGCAUCGCUGAUCCAAAGAGGAAUACACGGAGAUAAAAAUGCCAGGUGAGCGGUUGGCAGUAAGAGGCACGUCAGAGGUGGGGCGUUUCCCUGGAGCAGCCCCACCAACCAGAGUGGAGCUGACCAUUCAUAAAGAUGGGGAGAAGAAACUGGAAGAGGGAGGCUGUCGCCGCUGGUUCAAGAAGAUGUGUCCAUGCUGCUGUAAGCGCCAGAGCAACACCCAUGAUGUUACAGAUAAGGUGGAAUUUGUCAAACCCCCGGCCCCGACCCCGACCCCUACCCCUGAGCCUGCAAAGCUGACGGUUGAGAAUGGAGAGGCUAAGGAAAUGGAAGAAAUGAAGUUGUCAGUGUGUUCUGUGGACCUGCUGAGCUCCAAGACGGAUCAGAACAGAAAGGAGCAUCACACUGAGCUGUUUCAGGGGGACGAUAUGAUCAUCCGCAGAGGACAGACCUUCCAGAUAGAGAUGGACCUCAACAGGCCCUUCAGUGCUGACAAUGACAAGCUGUACCUGGACCUGAAAACAGGUCCCCUGCCCCUGGUGUCCAAAGGCACCCAUGUCAUCAUCCCACUGGUGGAUCACCUGGAGGAUGAACGCUGGGAGGCCAAGAUUGUAGAGCAGAACGGCAACAAGAUCAAGCUGUCCGUCAACUCUCCAGCCAGCGCUGUGAUUGGCCUGUAUGGGCUCACGGUGACAACCAGCACUUCGAAAUGCGUGGCGGCAAAUACUCACAACUCCGACAAGAACAUCGUCAUGCUCUUCAACCCUUGGUGUGAAGAGGACGCAGUGUUCCUGGAUGAUGAGGAGGAGAGAAAGGAGUAUGUUCUGAAUGACAUCGGGAGGAUUUAUUAUGGCACAGAGAAACAGAUCGGGGCCCGCACAUGGAACUUUGGGCAGUUUCAUGAGGGAGUUCUGGAAGCAUGUAUGUUUAUCCUGGAGAAGAGUGACAUGCCUCCAUCUGGUCGAGGGGAUGCUGUCAAUGUGGUUAGAGUCCUAUCUGCCAUGAUAAAUGCUCAGGAUGACUUUGGGGUCCUGGUGGGGAACUGGUCUGGGGAUUACUCUGAUGGAGUCUCUCCUUCUGCAUGGAGCAGCAGCGUGGAGAUUCUGAGAAAGUACCACUCCUCCAACGGAACGCCCGUGUCUUACGGACAGUGUUGGGUCUUCUCUGGGAUCACUACAACGGUUCUUCGGUGUCUUGGCAUACCCGCCCGCAGCGUGACCAACUUCCAGUCUGCUCAUGACACUGAUGUAUCCCUCACCACAGAUGUGUAUUUAGAUGAGGAUAUGGAGCCAAUCGACUACCUCAAUAGUGACUCUGUGUGGAACUUUCAUGUAUGGAAUGACUGCUGGAUGGCGAGACAAGACCUGCCCCCCGGUCAUGGAGGCUGGCAGGCUAUUGACUCGACCCCCCAGGAGACGAGCCAGGGCACCUUCCGCUGCGGGCCUGCCUCCCAUAACGCCAUCCGAUCUGGCCAGGUCUACCUCAAACAUGACACGCCAUUUGUCUUCGCUGAGGUCAACAGUGAUAAGAUCUUCUGGCAAAGAAACCCGGACGCCGGUUUCACGCAGAUCCACUGCGAGAAGAAAGCUGUUGGCCACCACAUCAGUACUAAAGCAGUUGGCUCUGAUGAGCGGGCAGACAUCACACACCUGUAUAAAUAUCAAGAAGGUUCGGAAGAGGAACGGAUUGCUGUGGAGACUGCCAGUCGUUUUGGCAGCAAGCCAGAUACUUACUCCACGGCCCUUGCACAGGAUGUGUUCGUGGAGGUGAAGAUGGAGGGUGAAGGGCCCAGGAUGGGUGCUGACGCCAAGCUGAGCAUCGUGGUGAAGAACCUGAGCUCGCAAUCUCGCCGCACCACUCUGCAUAGCCAGGUGGCCGUCAUGUACUACACCGGUGUGCUGAAGGGCACCAUUAGGAAGGAGCAGAUACCUGUGGAGCUCCUUCCCAAUGAAGAAAAGACCUUUGACUGGGUGCUGCCCUACCAACAGUACCAGAACCAGCUGGUGGAUCAGGCCGCUCUGAUGCUGACCCUGUCUGGAAGAGUCAGUGAGACCCAGCAGGUGGUAGCCAACCAGACCACCUUUAGGCUCCGUACACCUGACCUCAACAUCACG